AGUGCGAGUCGGAUGAUUCUGGUCUCAUUUCAUAAGAAACAAAAGUGAAAGUAUCGGCGGGCAGACGGAGACAGACAGUGCGACCUGCCGCCAUGGCGGACGAGUACGCGUUCGCUCUGCUCGUCGAGCUGGAAGACGCCGGGGUUCCGAAGUUAAAAAACAAACUGGUGAAAUACUUCCAGAGUAGGAAAUCCAGCGGCGGAGACUGCGAGGUGGACUACAAGCAGGGCGAGAGGACCGCGGUGCUGCGCUUCCGCCGAGAGGAGGACCGGCGCAACGUGUUGGAGAAGCAGGCGCACCAGAUCAGCCUGGACCAAGGCGUUCUGAAGCUGACGGUCCGCCUAAACACACCUGAGCCCAGCGUGACCCCGCAGAAAACGCCAUCUAAAGAAGACAACAAGGAAGUGGAUGCUGCAGUGACCAUCCAACAGCUGACGACUGACAAAGUCCAAUCCGCUGCUGAAGGCCAGACGGAGGCAGGAGGCAGCCAAGACGAUGCAGAAGAUGACGAAUUAUGCUGUACCUCGGCCGUUCUAGGGAAUAUUCCAAAACCCAUACAUCUGGAGUACUUAGAGAUGCUGGUGGAAAAUAUCAUCAAGAAUCCAGACUCUCCAGUGAACCCCAAGAGCUUCACUUUGCAAGUUAUUCCUGAUAUUUCCUCGGCCGUGGUGACUUUUCAGAGUGAAAAAGACAACACCAACUUCCUGAAAAAAUGUCCCCAACACAGAACGUUUCAGAACAAAGGACUUACAGUCCGACCACUGGAAGCCACAAAGCAAAUUGCUAUUGAAGACAUUCAAAAUGUAAAUGAAGAGAUUCUCACCCUCUCAUUUGAGAAUGAAGGACUGGACGUGGAAAAAGUUGUGCUUGAUGAAGACGGAGAGUCGGCUUUUAUCACAUUUAGAAGCCACAAAGGCGUCAAGAAAAUCACAGAGCAGAAGCACAAAAUCAAGGAAAAUGAAUAUAGAGUCUAUCCUUUCUAUGAAUCCUUGGGAGUAGUGCUUUAUGGCAAAGACAAACCUUCACUGAAACUUCCUGCUGAAAUCUCUGAAUCUAUCGACAGUGCUGUCUGGAAAUACCUGACUGACAAUCCGUCAGCUGCACAAACCAUCCGCAGUGACUUAGCAAAACACUUCUGUAACGUAAACCUGAGCCAGCCCGUUGUGUGCCUGAGUCCUGUACCUUCCCUACUGCAGUGCAAAGAUGCCAAGGCUACCAUCAAGAAGUGGACGCGUACUGUGAAGUCUGCUUUUGCACAAGCUAUGUCCCAGUUCAGAUCCCUGCAGUUUAGCCCAGAAUUACAAAUAUUUGAAGAGUGUGAGAUGAAGAUCGCACAGAUGAAUGAAAAUGUGGUAGCAGUGCCUGAUAGGGCCAGAGGUGUCUUAUCUGUUGUUGGACUUGUGAAAGAUGUCGACAGGCUGCACAAACAGCUUUCUGACCUCAUUGCCAAUAUUGAAAAGAGGGUGCAGAGGGAGAAAUCCAGCCUAACUCAAAAUAUCCACAUGUCGCCUUCGACGUUCCACAUCCUGUCCCAAGAUGGUUUUCAGGAAAGGCUUCAAAAGCAGUUCCCAGAUCUCCUCGUGUCUUAUGAGAAAGAGGAAGCAAUGUUGAAAAUAACAGGCACCACAAAUGAGCUCUUUGCAGGAAACCAAGCCAUAAUUAACAUAACAAUGUUGAUGAAAAGACAGAUUUUAGAACUCGAUGGCUCUUUGUUUGACUUGUUGAAGGGUGAACAAGAAGAGGAGCUCACAGAGGCUUUCCUCACAUCUAAUGGGAUGAAUGUAGCGUUUGAGAUCAGUGCCCGCCGGGUGGAGCUCCUUGGUGUUUCUGAAAAAGACCUAGAAGAUGCAAGCGAUUACUUGGCACAGCUCCUGAAAUCUGAUUAUAUUGAUGUUGAGGACCAAAAAGUCUUGACGAUGCCUGAGUGGCAGCAGCUGGUCAGUCAGUUAGAGAAGGCCAACACUAAGCUGUGCAGAACUCAAAUCUGCACCAAGGGUACACAGGUAGUGGUGUCUGGCUAUAAGGAUAAUGUCGACAAAGUUAGCAAGGAACUUAAUGAUUUCAUAUUACAGAACACUGAGGUUGAAGAACCUAUUGUAGUUAAGCCCCAGGUCAUCCUUGAAUACAUUAAAAGUCUCGACACAUCUUGGUUAUUGGACUUAAAAAACAAAGUGUCGGUGUCCUACAGACCAGAGACCAUCUGCCUGACUGGUUCUCGGGCCGAUGUGACAGAAUGCAAGGAUUUGUUUGACGACAUCAUCACCGCUGUGAUCUUUGACACUUUAAAAAUCUCCAAGCCCGGAGCUAAGAAGUUCUUCCAGGAGAAGAAAGAGUAUAUUGACUUAGCCAAGAACCAGACUGGUUGCCUGGUCCAGCUAGUGGAUGAUACUCGUGGCACUCAGGGCAACAUGUCACUCUUCCCGCCACCGGCAUACCAACUUCAGACAGCUGAUGGAGUAGACAUAGUUGUUUGCAAGGCAGACAUGUGCAGCUACCCGGUGCAUGCAGUGGUCAAUUCUUCAAAUCAAGACUUGAAACACAACGGUGGUCUCGCAGCAGCACUUUUAAAAGCUGCUGGCCCUCAGCUGCAAGAUGAUUGUGACAGAUACGUUAAACGGAAUGGACCCCUCAAGCCCGGAGACUGCAUGAUAACUGCUGCUGGAGGGCAGCUGUACUGCAAAAAUGUCAUCCACACGGUUGCACCGAGUUUUGACUCGGGAAAACGCAACAAAUCUGUUCUGCUGCUGAAACGAGCUGUCAAAUUAUGCCUCGAGCUUGCCGAAGUCAACAGUUGCGACACGGUGGCUUUCCCCGUCAUCAGCAGAGGUCUCGGCUUCCCUCUCGACCUGUGUGCAGUUACCAUUGUGAAAGCAGUGAGAGAACACUGUGAUGAAAAGGGGGACGACAGCAUCUUGAAGAUGAUCCAUUUCGUGAACAAUGAUGACGCUGCUGUGCAGGCCAUGGAGGCUGCUGUCAGGCACGAGUUUGGAAACCAGGGCGUUACCAGUACUCAGAAAACCACCCCCAACAAGCAGCCGGCUGGCAAGAACGUAGCUUCUGAUCCAUGUUUGUGUCACGUACAAACCAAGGAAGGCUUAGGCAUCACUCUUAAGAAAGGUUUAAUUGAGACUGCCACAACGGAAGUGACCGUGAAUGUUGUGUUCGAAAAUCUUGCCCUGAACAGAGGAGCCAUUUCAAAUGCGAUCCUGCUUGUGGCUGGUCCCAAACUUCAGCAGCAGAUAUUGGCAAAAGCACCUAAUGGAAACUUUGGCGACAUCAUUGUGACAGACGGCUGCAAGCUGAAGAGCAGUCACGUCUUUCACGCAGUUACGCCUCAAUGGGACAAUGACAAAGGUGCAUCUGAAAAGAUCUUGAAAGGAAUAUUCAGGAAUUGUUUGGCCAUGGCAGAGAAUGCUGGUCUGAGCUCCAUAUCCUUUCCAGCCAUGGGCACAGGAAACCUGGGCUACCCAAAAGACCGCGUGAUGACCUGGAUGUUAGACGAAUGUGUUGCUUUUAGCAGCAAUAGCCCCAAGCACCUGAAGAAAGUGAUGAUUAUUGUUUUCCCAGGGGAUGUUAAAACCAUCCAGGCUUUCAGUGAUGAAUUUGUCAAGAAGUUCCCCAAUGCCUCAAAUACGUCUGCAUCUGCAGGUUCAGCUAAAAGUUCAGGAGGACCCUUUUCCAAAGUUGUCUCACAGUCCGGACUGCAUGAGACCACAAUGGGAAGUGCGACGAUACAGAUAGUCACCGGAGACAUUACAAAGGAAACCAGUGACGUCAUUGUCAACUCCUCCAAUGAUAGUUUUACUCUGAAGUCAGGAGUAUCUAAAGCGAUUCUGGAUGCAGCUGGCCCGGCUGUAGAAACAGAAUGCCAAAGCCUUGCUGCCUUGCCACACCAAAACAUGAUCAUGACACAGCCAGGUAACCUUAAGUGCAACAAAAUCCUCCACCUGGUGGGAACCACGGACCCGGCAGGAAUCAACACCCGGAUGAAAGAAGCUCUGAAAAUGUGCAUAUCCAAGUCCUAUUCCUCUGUGUCAUUCCCUGCUAUUGGUACAGGUCAAGGUGGAGUACAAUCAAAGUCCGUGGCAGAUGCCAUGUUGGACGCGGUGAUAGAAGUGCUGGGCAAGAAUUCUUCCAGCUCACUGACAACAAUCCGGAUUGUUAUUUUCCAGCCACCGAUGGUCAAUGACUUCCUCAGCAGUAUGCAGGAACGAGUGGCUGGUGACAACGACCCUAAAAAUAAGGGCUUCUGGGAAAAUAUUGGCCUAAAACUCAGAGCAUUAUUUACAAGCGACAACACGUCAAAGCCACAGAAGGAUGACGAUUUCAUCAUUGAUCCUGUUGAAGUGGACCCCGCUUGUUUCCACAUCUGCGGUAACUCACAAAUGGAGAUCGACUCGGCCAAGAAGUGGGUAACAGACCUGGUAACGAGGGAAUUACAUAGAAUUGACAUCAUGGACAACGCCAUCCUGAGCUUCUCUGACGCAGACCACCAGCGCAUUCAAGAUAUCCAGUUCAGAAUGAGUGUGAGCAUAAAGACUGUGGGCAAGAACACACAAGCCUCCAUCACCAUUGAAGGUCUCAGCAAAGAUGUGCUUGACGCAAGCAGUGAGAUCCACAAGAUGCUGACCAACGUGAGGUUCGAGGAGGAGCUGAAAAGGAAAGUGGACCUGGCGAGCACAGUGGCAGACUGGCAGUAUAAGAAACAGGGGCACGGCUUUAAGAGUUUGGAUGCGAUGAGCAACUUCAAGCUGGAGGAAGCACUGGAAAAGAAGCUAGGCAGUGUAAACAUAACAUUCAACGGUCAAGACUACACUGUCACCAUGCCAAAGGGACCUGCCAAAAACAGCCGGGGAGGCUCCAUGGAGAUAAAGCGAGUUGACAAACUAAAAGAUGAAGAGGUGCCGGAGCACUGGGAUCCGAUGCCAGCCAACAGCGCCAGUCACACCGUCGACAUCCCUGCUGGGACCACUGAGCACAACGAAGUCCUGCAGCUCUUCCAGGCCACGUGCCCUCGAACUGUCAUCAAGAUUGAGAGGAUUCAGAAUCCAGUUCUAUGGAAAGGUCUCCAGGUCAAGAAACGUCACAUGGAGAGCAGAAAGUCAAUCCAGAACAACGAGAGACGUCUUUUUCAUGGCACCUGUGAGACCACCGUGCCCACCAUUAACCAAUACGGCUUCAACAGGAGCUACGCAGGGAAAAAUGCUGCAUGCUUUGGCAAUGGCACCUACUUUGCGGUCAAUGCCAGUUACUCUGCUCAGGACACCUACUCCAAGCCCAAUCAAAACCAAGAGAAGCGCAUGUACCUCUGCCGGGUCCUGACGGGAGAGUUUGCUCUCGGAAAGCGAGACAUGAUCGCACCGCCGCCCAAGGCCCCCGGCUCCAUCGAAAUGUAUGACAGUGUUGUUGACAACGUGAACACUCCCUCCAUGUUCGUGAUCUUCCACGACACGCAGGCUUGUCCUGAAUAUCUGAUUACAUUCAAAUGACCCAUCAAAUGAUAAAGAACAAAGAGUAGUCUUUUCUGAUCACAGGGAAUUUUUGUUUUGUUGUUAUGUUUGGCUUGUAAUCGAAUUAAUAUUCUAGUAGGUGAUCAUCACAGGUGUGAAAUGUAAAUCAUGCCAAUAUAGUGCCAUGAAAAAUCUGUUUUAAUUAAAACAGUUCACAAUUGAGACCUAAGUGUGGUAUGACACUCUAAAAAUCAUUAAACUAUCACUAUCAGUGUGUACUAAACACAGUUCAUAGUUUUGUUUUGGUUUUUCUGGGACUCCGAUAAGUCGGAAUUGUUUGCUCUGUUCCAGAAAACCACAUUAUUGAGGAAGCACGUUUUAUAUAUAUAUGCAUGAAUGAGGUUAAUGAUCGCUGCUGUUUUCCCCCCUUAUCCUGUGAGCAUGCUUCUAGGAAAACCACACUCUUAUCUCAGCAGCUUUAACAGGCCUUACUCAUGCUCGUCUGUGUGCCUUAUUUGUGCAGUAUAAAAGGGCAACACCCAUUAGAAACUGCCCAAAUUAACACUGUUCACCCAUGGCCUUCUGCUUCUACACAGCCAACUUGAAACCCAGGGCAAAACUCAAGGGGACUGAAAAUCAACCACAGAAUAAUUGUCUUAAAAGUGUCUAUACUUGUUCAUCAACACAGAGAUCACUGAUCCUUAUUUGAAUGCGUUUUUCUCCUCAAUUCAAACAGUUUUGGUUGUUUUGUUUUUUGUUGUAAUUAGUUGUUGCUUGUGGGACUUCUGGGACAACACGUCUUUACUGUAAUUGAAAUUGGCUUAAAAUUAAAUAAAUUUCACUUAAAAAAAUCCUUGGGAAAGUGGUUGUAAGUUUUUAUUUUGUGUGCAAUUAAUAAAGUUGCCUAUUCGAGAUGUGAAGAGUU